AUGAGAGGUGCAAACUGCAGCUGGCUGGGUCCUGAAAUCCCCCUGUCCUCGGACUUCUUCAGCGCCAUCCGGGAUGAACUGUGGCUCUUCCUGAUCCCGGCCGGCCUGGCUCUCAUCUUGUUGGCGGUCUUCCUGGAGGAGGUGGGCUUCUUCCUGCGCCACAUCCCAUCCUUCAGACGGAAGCGCCUGUACCUCUGGAUCUUAGGAAUGUACCCGGUGUUUGCAGCGACCUCCCUCAUAGCCCUCUAUGUCCCACGCUCCUCCUCCUUCUGCAACUUCGUUGCUUCUCUGUAUCACUCAAUCACUUUGCUGAAGUUCAUGGGACUGAUCACAGAUUUCUUUGGCGGAAAGGCCCGGAUGCUUUCCACUCUGUCUGGACAGCAGGUGUCUCCAGACCCUUUCCCUUGCUGCUGCUGCUGCUGUCUGCCCAUGGUGGCCAUCACCAGCAGCAGUCGUGGUUGGAUGAUGGCUGCCGUCCUGCAGCUGUCUGUGGUUCGCAGCAUCCUCUUCUUUGUCACUCUGGUUCUGUGGACGGAUGAGCAGUACGACUAUGGAGACGUGGACUCAGUCAAUCCCAACCUGUACGUCAACGCCAUCAUCGGCGUGUCCACCCUGGUGUCCUUCUACGGCCACCUUCUGUUCUACAAAGCCACCAAGAGCGCCCUGCGCGGCUUCGGGCUGCGGGCCAAGUUCGUGUGUGUGGUGGCGGUUCUGGUUCUGUGCGGCCUGCAGAGCAGCAUCCUGGAGACUCUGGGCGCUCUGGCCGUCUUCCCCUGCUCGCCUCCGUUCUCCGUCCUCACCAGGUCCCAGCUCAUCUAUCACUACAGCCUCAUCGUGGAGAUGUUCUGCAUCGGCCUGUACGCUCGCCACACUUUCCGCCGGGCGGAGCCCGGUGAGCUGGAGGGGGUGGAGGGGGCGGAGGAGCUGGACCGGCCGGGCUGCGAGCUGCAGGCGGACAAGGCCGUUCAGACGGACGACGUUCGGACGCCUAGUCUGAAACCAGAGCCGCCGUCGGAGGAGGGCCGCUCGGCCUUCAACCCCGGCUACAGCAGCGACGGCGAGGACAGCCUCUGCAAGAUCGAGCACAAACCUCUGGACGGGUUCUUCUUCUCUCGGGUUCAAGGCAGAGACGGGAUCCCCCUCCCAGACGGGAUCCACCUCCCAGACGGGAUCCACCUCCCAGACGGGAUCCACCUCUCAGACUGGAUCCCCCUCCCAGACGGGAUCCACCUCCCAGACGGGAUCCACCUCCCAGACGGGAUCCCCCUCCCAGACGGGAUCCCCCUCCCAGACGGGAUCCACCUCCCAGACUGGAUCCCCCUCCCAGACGGGAUCCCCCUCCCAGACGGGAUCCCCCUCCCAGACUGGAUCCCCCUCCCAGACUGGAUCCCCCUCCCAGACGGGAUCCACCUCCCAGACUGGAUCCCCCUCCCAGACUGGAUCCCCCUCCCAGACGGGAUCCCCCUCCCAGACGGGAUCCACCUCCCAGACUGGAUCCCCCUCCCAGACGGGAUCCACCUCCCAGACUGGAUCCCCCUCCCAGACUGGAUCCCCCUCCCAGACGGGAUCCACCUCCCAGACUGGAUCCCCCUCCCAGACGGGAUCCACCUCCCAGACUGGAUCCCCCUCCCAGACUGGAUCCCCCUCCCAGACGGGAUCCACCUCCCCACGCUCCAGAACCUCCUACCAGGGAUCUGCUGA